AUUAAUGUUUUGUUAAUCCAAUGGAACAACUCACAACAUUACAUCAAACUAUAAAUUUUAAAAAUAUAAAAACAAAUCAUAUAAAUAUAAAAAAUAUCGUUUGCUUCAAAUUAAAUCAAAUUAAUUCGAUCCAACAAAAAUAUAAUCCAAAGUUGUUAUGUGUAGGAAAAAAAUGGCAGUAGACGCAGUGCCACCAACCCCCAAACAACCGUCUCCCCGCCACCACAACAACCACCGCAAACAACCCUCAAACUCCGGAAAAUCAUCACCGUCACACAAUUCAUCCACCUCUUUCGACCCUUUAACCACCCAAAACAAACCCACUUCCAACUUUACCUCCUCUUCGACCUCCCACUCUAGCCGCCACUCUCUCUCUAGCCUCCGUAGCUCCCUCCCCGAAAACCCCCAACUCUAUGACAUCUCCGAAAUUCGCUCCGCCACCAACAAUUUCCUCGCUAAAAGCUACUCCGCCGCUACAACCACCACCUCUUCCUCCUCCUCCUCCUCCUCCAGAUGCUGGCGGUGCAAUCUCCAUGGAAAAGACGUGAUAAUUUUCCAGAGGAAAUCCCACAACGAAUUACGGCCAUCAAGUGUUCGACAAAAGUUAUCCUCCAUCUGUAGAUCCCACCACGUCGCCAUUGUUAACCUUCUCGGAGCUUCAAUUUCUGGGGAUUGCGUUUAUCUAGUUUACAACUUCAUCAGCAAUGGCGCGAAUCUACAAGAUGUUCUCCAUAACAAGAACAACCCAGGUUUCACUGUUCUUAGCUCGUGGAUGUCGAGGAUGCAAAUUGCUACUGAUUUAGCAAAUGGGAUUGAUUACAUUCAUAAUAAUACCGCGUUAGAUGUGAAAUUUGUUCAUAAUCGUAUCAAAUCGAGCAGUAUCAUAGUUACGGAACCGUCGUUUAAUGCGAAGAUUUGCCAUUUUGGGACCGCUGAGCUCUGCGGCGAGCCGACGGAGGAGAGAGAUUGCGAUGAUUUUGGUGGUAACGAGACUCCCAAGGUAGUUGAGGAGAUUAUUGAUGAGGAAUCUUCAUCACCAAAGAAACUGACCAGAUCUAGCAGCGUCAAAUUCAACGGUACUACAGGGUAUAUGUCACCGGAGUUCCAAACAACAGGGGUAGGGACCCGAAAAUCUGAUGUGUAUGCAUUUGGGGUGGUGUUGGCGGAGCUGUUGUCGGGGGAGGAGCCGGUGAAGUAUAAAUAUAACAAGGCCACGAAAGAGUAUAUGAAAAUGUCCGUCGUGGACACCGCUAGAGCAGUGGCGGAGGACAGCGGAGGAGAGGGAGAAGGGAGGUUGAGGAAGUGGGUGGAUGUAAGGCUUAAAGAUUCGUACCCGGUUGAGGUGGCCACUAAGAUGACGCGAUUGGCGGUCGAAUGUUUACACGUGGAUCCUUAUAGACGACCAGAUAUGCGACGCGUGGCGGGUAAAAUAUCCAAGCUUUAUUUGGAGUCUCAAGUUUGGUGUGAUAGAAUGAAAAUUCCAACCGAUUUUACGGUGUCGUUUGCUCCCCGGUAGUACUCCCGUGUUUCUGACAGUGAAAGAAGUCAAUACUUUUUUUGUUGACUAGCUUUAGAUCUUAACAUUGGAAUCUUUACCUGUUUAAUGGGGUAAUCUUAAAGUGGAUCAUCACCGUAAAAAUCCCCUUGGAUGAUUUUUUUUUUCUUUACUUUUGCUCAAUUGUAAAAAGUAAAACAACGUGUUAUAACGGAUGCAAAGAAAGAAUAAAGAACGUAAUAAAAAACGUAAAGAAAAUUCCAACCGA